UUACAAUUUUUUAUAUCACCACUCCACUCAUCCAGUCCAGAGGUGCAGAAGCGAAAAUUCUGAAUUUGUAGUGAGAAAAGUAUCUUAUAAGUGAAAAUUUCAUUAUAAAUCAAAUUACACUUACUAAUGAAAUGAGAUAGUUCCUUGACCUUAUAAUUAUUCAACAUUUUAUAUAAAUAAAAUGGCUAAUAUAGCAGCUCAAAGAAUCAAACGAGAAUUUAAGGAUGUUAUUAAAAGUGAGGAGAUGGCGAAAUGUGCGAUUCGAGUAGAACUAGUGGAUGACAACUACACUGAGUUAAAAGGAGAAAUUGCCGGCCCUCCCGAUACUCCUUAUGAGGGAGGCAAUUUUAUAUUAGAGAUUAAAGUUCCAGAAACAUAUCCUUUUAAUCCACCCAAAGUUCGAUUUAUUACAAAAAUAUGGCAUCCAAAUAUAUCUUCGGUUACGGGAGCGAUUUGUUUAGAUAUUUUGAAAGAUCAGUGGGCCGCAGCGCUAACAUUGCGCACUGUGCUGCUCUCACUGCAAGCUUUGAUGGCAGCCGCUGAGCCUGACGAUCCCCAGGACGCUGUUGUUGCUCGUCAAUACAAAGAGAACCCCGAAAUGUUUAGACUCACUGCCCGUCAUUGGACUGCUGUUUAUGCCGGAGGACCAAACGGCAACCCUGAGUUUGAUUCUAAGAUCCACCGCCUGACAGACAUGGGAAUAGACGAGGACCAAGCUCGUGUGGCUCUGUCCACUUACAACUGGGACCUCGUGCGCGCCACGGAACAGCUGUUUAGUUAGUCGCCUCACAUCACCUGUAAAUCUCAUGAAAAUUACCUUGUAAAGCCAGGUCACAUUCCUAGAUUACUGAGUUGCAUUUUAAAGAGAUUUCUAAAUUUCAAAUCAUAUACAGAACUACACAUUUUUAUAUGAUCAAUAAUAUUUUUAACGCGAAUGAUUUUUCAUCCUAUUCAUUAAGGCCCGUCAAACGGGAAAAUAUUUUUUGAACUUUAUAGUGGUGUAAUUUAAAAUUGAACAGUACUUUUUAGUUGUAUAUUUAUUUAUUUUUCAUUUGUUUACUCAUGAUUUGUGGUGUUUUAGAAACAUUCAGGUGACAAUUUUUGUCACUUUCACUCGCAGAUGGUAUUUAUUUUCCUUCAAGAUUUUAUGUGUUAAAUAUUAUAAUAAAUCAACUUAAUCAAAAUCUUAUGAUCUUGUCUAGUUCACAAACUUGUACAUAAAAUGUCACUUUUGUACAUAGAAAAAUAUCCUACAAUGUUGUUGCUCUAUUUUGUCUUUUGUUUUGAGCUGAACAUACCUCCGAAUUGGAAUGCUUUAGAACGCUCAUUCGUUGUGAAUGUCUGUGAUGUUUUUAUGUAUCGAAAAUGUUUGUCCUUCAUGUAUUUUUGUUUAAUUUAUAUAAAAUAGGUUAUUAUUUGCCAUAGAGGUGUGCAAGAAGGGUGAACAAAACAAGUGUUUUUAAGGCAUGGUAACAGCAUUGAUGUUUAAACCAGGGAUUGGUGUGAUGGGAACAGUGGAAAGAGUUUCCUUACCUCCCUCCUUCUGGAGAAGGUUUUUUUCCCGAACAAUUUCCAAAAGAAUAUUAUUGCUAUUGUUUAACCGCUUUUUCUUGUGCUUUACCACACUUAUCAAUGGAAUAAGUUGUAGGGCGAAGGAUGAAGAGGAGUCUUAGCUCCUGAUAGGUUUAAGUUCCCGUCAUAGAUCCAAUAGUUAUUUUAGCUAUUUUAAGUAAGUUAUACCUUAAAAACAUACUCAAACGUUAAAUAUACUCAACUUAUAGAUUCAUCAUGGUGGAUCGACUGAAGACAAUUUUGGUGAUAGUUUCAAUCCGGUUCUUUUUGAGGUUGUGUUUUUAUUUAUUUGUUUCUUGCUAUUUCACUUAUUUCAAAACAAGUUGAAUUGAAACUAAUUCAAGUAAUGUCAUUAAACAAUAGCUCCUCUGGUUGUAUGAACAAAAAGUAAACCACAAACCAUAAAAUCGUUCCAAAAAGAAAAGAAAAAACACUUCAUUGACAUUAGAGCCAAUGGCAUCAACACGAAACACACAUAAAGACUUCUUACUUUAUACUGAGAUGAGAAGUCUAAGUGCUAUUCAAAGUCAUUGGCACCUGUACAGUUUCUAUGAACUAAGCAUCACCAUCACAGCUAAGUAGUAUCUUUAGUAUGUUUAGUCUUUGACUAGAUAUUCCGUUCACAUUUUAAAGCUAUAACCAGAUUUAGAAUGAAUUUACAGUACAACCCUGCUAGUCCGUCCCCUACCGAACCGGGACCAUGGUCGGAACAAUGAAAAGGUCGUAUUAUCCAAGGAGCAUAAUAAAUGUCCACAUUCAUUGAUUAACUGAUAUUUACACGCGCUAUUGCAAAUACCAAACAUCGCUAAUGAUCGCAUUGCUAUCGUGAUAAUGUUUUCGUGACCGUGGGAGACCUUUAAUAUAUUCCACUCUAUUCCAGUAUCGCGGCAGACAAUGAUGGCAUUUCCAUGAUUGAAGAAAACAUUCAACAGUUUUCCACAAUCGCAGAAGACAACGAUGAUUUUCCUUUAAGCAAGAGUAUGCCGUGAUUGCAGGUAACAACAAUAGUUUCCAUGAUUGCGGAAAACUAUGAUGAUGUCUACACGAUCGUGGGAGAUGUUCAGGUUUUUGCCACAAUCACUAAAGAUGAUAAUGAUUUUUCCUAGACCGUGGAAUUAACCUAGGGGUCCACCAUAUCGGGAGACGAUGAUAAAGUUCCUGUGACUGUGAGAGACGUUUUUUAAUUUUCUCGAUCGUGAAGGAUGGUGAUAUAUGUUUUCGUGAGACGGUGAUUACCUCCAAACAGCCAUGGAAAAUAGUCACGAUAAUACUGUGAUAACAUUGUCACUCAUAGGCGAUGGCAUGGUCGAAAUUAGGGGGGGAGCCGGUCUAGUCGAGAUCGUAUUAUUGAGGUUCUACUGUACGUAGUUGAAGCCACUGAUAGAAUGCUGAUUUCUUUUGAAAACAAGACUAAAAGGACAACUUUGGUCUCUAUAAACUAUCUCAGUAAAAAAAACCGAGGAAAUUUAAUUUUAGACCAGUCCACUCUGUGAGUAUUCAACUACCUCCAUUUUUAAUACAAAAUAGUCUAAAACUGGUUCCUAUUAAUGGGAUGUCUACUUCAAAAUCUUAAAGUGAAUGGUUUAAUCAACACCUACUGAUGCUUUUAAAAGUGUUUGUAUUGAAUUUUGGUAUGAAUCAUAGGAUUAGGAUUGCCUUAAACGGUAAUUUAAACAAAAAAAAACUUUGUUUCUUUUAGUAUUAAGUUUUGAAUGACUUAUAGCUGAUCAGCAUGAUUUUGAUCGGUGGAUGAGUUAUAUAUUUUUAUAGUUUUUAAAGCAUUAUUUGUAAUCUCUUGCACACCUCUGAAUUAAGCAACAAAUUUCAAACAACAAAUCCUCAAACAUUAGUACAAAUUAUUUUACAUAAUAUCAUACAAAAAACUUUAAAAUGAAGAAUCUAGGUACGGCUCUAAUUUACGUGUUUUAAGUAGAUGGUAAGUGGAAAAAUAUAAUCAUAAACUACACCAAAAAUAUAAAAUCGUUUAACUUGUUUUGUUUAGUACAGGAAAAUCAUCAUUUGAAUUCAAUUUUACCUUUUGUAAGUAGCUUCAUAUCUUUCAUGAACUUGUGAAUAUAAUUAGUUUUUAAAUUGUCUUUAAUAAAUAGUUUUGG